UACUGAACGAAAAACAUAUAUACCCUUUUAAAAAACCUAGACGGAAAAGGUAGUGUUAGCCAUUGCGACGUGGUCAGUCUCCUUUGACACUUUACACAAACGAUACACGCUACGGAUACUCUCGAGAAGAAAUAUUUCCACAGUGAUUCAUAUUUUUACAAACCAAAAAUGGCGAAAUUUGCCUCACUUGAUAAGGAGGUGGAUUCAGCCUUUGAAAUACAAAUAGCGGAAAUCAACGCCAAUGAGCCAAAAGAGACCCGCAAAGUUGCUUGGUUUGUGCAAGCUCAACAACGCCAACAAGCUCUAACGGGACUCCAGUCUCUAUGCAAACAACGAAAUGAAGAAAAUACGGAGACGUUCAGUGCGGACAGCUUCUGUCGACUAUUCUCACAAGAUAACGUACUGCAUUUGCUGUUUCGGUUGUUUGAUCACCAUUCCAGAGGUAAACUCGUCCAUUCUGAUUUCAUUGGAGAUCUCAAAGAAAAACUACGACCAAAAACUGAUUUCAUUGACCUGUUGGAUACCCUGUGGUACAUUUUUGUGAAGGAAGACGAUAUUGAUUUCGAAAUCUUUUGCCGCAUUUUUAAAUCCAAAGGGGUGUUGGAUAAGCUUUUCGCUUUGAUCGAUACGGACAAGGCAGGCGCAGGACAGGUGUCUGUAAACCAAGUGAUGGCUUCUAUCACCGAGUACACAUCAGAAAGGAGGAACCUUCACAUUUUAUACCCGGGACGUGCGGAGGAGCUAUUCCGUUCCAUCGUCACUAACGGCAACCGGGAAAUGAGCUUCGAAGACUUUAAGAAACUUAUCCCUUCCAAAAACAAAUUUUUCGCCGAACGCAUCUUCCGCAUAUUUAACAAGGACGGCUCUAAAAAUAUUUCUAUUGCUGAAUUUCGAGAGGGUCUUGAGCAAUUUUGCGGCCAAUCCGAAGAGGACAAAGUCCGGUGUCUUUUCCAAAUCUAUGACGAAAAUGGUGACGGACUGAUCAAGCUGUGUGAACUGAAAUCCGUUCUCAAGGCCUGCAUCGAGGAGAACGGAAUGAAAUUCAGUGAAAAGCAAGUCGAAGAACUUGCUGAAGCUCUCUAUGACGACGCCCGGGAUCGCAGUGACACGUCAAGGCAUUCAACAAGAAAUGGUCUCACCUACGACGAGCUUAAAGCUCAGAUGUCCAAACAUCCAGGCCUACUUGAAAAUCUGUCCAUCAGCUUGGACCGCUUUCUUCUACCGAGCCCUGAAAAGAAAGCUCAACGUCAGCCAAUCUUUAAACCAAUGGUCUCAUACAUUAAGAAUAACGUACCUUUCGUUAUCUUUGUCCUUGCUUACGCUAUCGUCAAUCUCGGCUUAUUCAUCAGUCGAGCCAUUCAGUACAAGGACUCUAAUAUGUUUUACAUUUUAGCCAGAUCUUGUGGACAAACGUUGAAUUUCAACUGUGCCUUCAUUUUGGUUUUGAUGCUUCGCCGUGGUAUCACGCUGCUGAGAAACAUCGGCUGCGGUAGCUUCUUACCUGUGGACCAGCACGUCUAUUUGCACAAAGUUUGCGGUGGUGUUGUCGUUGUAUUGAGUGCCCUUCACACCUUGAUGCACAUAAUUAAUUUUCCUCUAAAUAUUGCUGGUGAGGUGGUGUCCCCAGUGACAAACAGAACUCAUUCCGCUGCAGAAUGGUUAUUUACCAUGAGACCCGAACUAUUUGGACUUUAUCCUGGCCUUGCCAAUAUAACUGGAUGGGCGCUUGUGGUUAUUCUGGCCAUCAUGGCCAUAUGCUCAUUGCCAUCUGUUCGCAAAAGCGGUUACUUUGAGGUUUUUUACUGGACCCACUUGCUGUACAUUCCUUUUUGGAUUCUUCUGAUUCUCCAUGGCCCCAAUUUCUGGUACUGGUUCAUCGGACCAGGACUCUGUUUUGCCCUUUUUAAAGCAAGUCGUCGAAUCAGACUUAGUUCUAGUAACAGGGGUCGCACCGAUAUCAAUUCUGCCAUGCUUUUACCGUCUCGCGUUACUCAUCUGGUAAUUCGUAAGCCGGAAAAUUUUUAUUUUCAUCCUGGAGACUACGUCUACCUAAAAGUUCCGGCAAUCACUUCAACCGAAUGGCAUCCAUUUACCAUCAGCAGUGCUCCAGAACUUCCAGAUUUUAUAUGGCUACAUAUUCGAUGUGCUGGUGGGUGGACCAAUAAGCUCUAUGAAUAUUUUGAACAAGAACAGUCCAAACAACUUCUACGUACUAAUAACGUUAAAAACGACAAUAACAAGUAUCCGAAAGCAAUCAGCGCUAUUGAACCGACUUCCGUCGAAAAUGACAUCAGAUCAAAGUAUAAAUCUCACUGCAUUGCAAUGCCGUCAGGCAUGCCAAUGGGCCAACAACCAUGUACGGAAAACGUCUCUCUGCCAAUUCAAAUUUAUAAGAAUUCUCCAUCGAACCCGCGAAAAAUGAAAUUGACACCAAGAGCUUCUCACGCUCCCGAAACUGUGGCAAAGGAUUCAGCGGAAGUUAUCCAGAGUCAUCAACCCCCGAUGAGAGAAGAACGACACAUCUUCCACUCGCUAGAAGUGGCAAUCGAUGGCCCUUAUGGAGCUCCUUCGAGUCACAUUUUUCGUGCGGAGCAUGCGGUUCUUAUUGCGGCUGGCAUUGGUGUGACUCCCUUCGCCAGUAUUCUCCAAUCAAUUAUGCAUCGCUACUACGCCAUUCGACAAAGCUGUCCCAACUGCAACCAUUCGUGGGCUUCGCAAAUGCCCGAUUCUAUCAUGAAUCUAAAAAAAGUCGAUUUUUUCUGGAUUAACCGCGAUCAACGUAGUUUUGAGUGGUUCGUUGACAUGCUGUCGCAACUGGAAAUGGAACAGACGGAUGUGGGUGGCGUGCUCGAUCGAUUUCUUGAUUUGCACAUGUACAUAACUAGUGCCCUGAAAAAGACAGAUAUGAAAGCUGUCGGACUGCAAAUGGCCUUCGACUUGCUUUAUGCAAAGGACAAACGUGAUUUGGUGACAGGACUGAAGACUCGCACCAACGCUGGCAGGCCAAACUGGGACAAAGUAUUUCAGAAAUUAGUCGACGAAGAUAAGGGAAAGGUAACGGUGUUCUACUGCGGCCCCCCACAAUUGGCAAAAGAACUGAGAAAAAAAUGUAACGAGUUCGGCUUCGACUUCCGCAAAGAAAUAUUUUAGAUGUAUAUUUAGCGAGCCGACUUGACUGUUGCUGUUGUUUAUUGCUAUUUCAUAAUAAUGCAUAUCUCACAAAUACCGAGUGAUGCAACGAGCUGUUUGCAACAUCUUUGAUUGUCUCUGAUUGCCAGCGAAUUUUGGCUGGCAUUCCCCAAUUUUUUUGCUGGCAUUCCCCAAUUUUCUGCUGGGGACUUUUUUUUUCUUUUGAUAAUCACUAUGAAAAUCCCCCAAAUUCUUGCGCUAGUACGCAUAACUUUAUUUAUUUAUUUAUUUUAUUUACCUUUAAGCGUUUAAUUUUUAAAAACUCUAAAAAUUUCGUUUAAAUUUUUUUAACAUCCGCAUUUAUGUUAAUUUGCAAUUACGUCAUCGGUUUCGAACUGAAUCAUGUGGCAGAAAAAUGUUACCUGCCACGGGUUUACUACCUCUGCCUCUGCGAAUGUUAUAAUCUGGGUAGAAUAGAAUAUACGUACACGUCACGAACACAAAA